CGUCACGAGUACCGCAGUGAUACACCACUGUAACUGUGUCGGACCAGGAAGUUAACAAAAUGGCGUCUGGGGGAGGUCUCGGUGAAUCGUACAGUAACGUUUCCGACGAAUACCAUGAUUUCUCGUGUUAUUCCUGCGCUAGAGAACACAGGAAUGUUGCAGCUGUUAAAUUCUGUGUGGACUGUAACCACUUGUUGUGUGCAACCUGUCUUGGACAUCACAAUAAGUUUGAUAUUAUGAAAGGUCACCAGAUUUUGGACAAGACAGCUAGUUGCGGAGUAAGAGGGACAGAUAAACCGGAUAUCCCGACAUUGAGAUGUGCAAAGCAUGACGGAAAGAUUAUAGAUAUGUUCUGUAAAACUCACGACGAGCCGUGUUGUGUUGUUUGUGCCUCACUUGACCACAGCGCCUGUACCGACAAAAACUAUCUACCCGAUGUAGCUAAAGUUGAUUUUCGACCUGAAGAAUUCCAAACGUUAAAACCCUAUGCAGACAAGAUCAAACUUAGGCUUGAAAAAGCAAGGAAAAAUCGUGCCGACAAUUUAGAAAGUAUAUCUGACCAGAUGACCGCUAUUCUUCUUAAAAUUAGCGAAAAACGUGAGGCUAUUAACAAAAAACUAGAUGCUUUGGAAAAUGGUAUAAAAUCCAAACUGGACAAAAAGUUUAUUGUGUAUUCGAGCGAACUGACAGAAGAAAUUGAAAUAUUGAAUGACUAUGUAAGCAGAAUUGAUGAAAAUCAAGAAACAUUUGUUUCUGCCCCAGAGAACAAAUCAGAUGCUUUUAUCAUAAUGAAACAGCUGAAACACCACUUUAAAAACGAGUCACAUCUUGUUGCAGGUCUUAGCAAAGCGAACAGAAACAUUAAAUUGAUAGAAACCUGUAGUAUGUCCAAGAUUUUAAAGGCCAUAGACACAUUCGAAUUUGGGCGUAUCUCUGGAAAUGGCGAAAUUGAAUCCGUUGUUGAAGAUGCGGAGUAUAACAUAAAAGACGCAGAUGAUACAACCGUAAGUUGUAUAUCCGACAGCUGCUUGAUGGGAAAUGGAAGCAUAAUUUUAGCUGAUGAAAACAACAGAAAGUUAAAGAAACUGGACCAUUUGGUAAAGUUAAAAGAGUCUUUAACUUUACCAGGAAAACCAUGUGCUAUUUGUCCAACGGGAACGUCCGAAAUAGCCGUUUCUUUACUUAACAAUAAAACAAUUCAAUUCGUGUCAACGACUAAUUCCAUGACUAUUACUAGAGCAUUCAAAGUUGGCGAAUCCUGUCGCGGACUAGCUUACAGUUAUGACAAGCUUUAUCUCUCAUGUGGCGGCAUGACAAAGUUCCAUGAUGGUCCGGGUGAAAUAAGAAUUUACGAGAAAUCUGGCAAACUUAUACACAAGGUAGAAAAGAAUGUGUUGAUCCCAAAACGAAUAUCGAUCAGCUCUGAUAAAAUGCCGGUUAAUAUCUACGUCGCUGAUGAAAAAAAUGGACUUCUGAGUUUGGACACCAGCAAACCCUGUGUUGUUGCGAAGAAUAUUUUUACACACAAAGAUAUGGUGUCACCAGUCGGGUUGUGUUAUACUGGGAUAGGACAGAUUGUUGUGUGUGGAUACGACUCUAGCAAUGUUAUGCUAUUAUCUACUUCUGGAACGUUGAUAAAAGAGCUGCUGAACAAAGGCCAUGGAAUCGUGAAGCCUAAAACUGUGUGCCUUGACCAGACAGGAUCAAAAUUGCUGGUCGGUAUGUCGGAUACAGAUCAAAUUAAAGUAGUGCAUUUGAUUAGAAAAUAAGCGAUGGUGGUCUGGAAUAGUUGUCAUUUGUAGAAGAAAGUGUUAGUAAUUUGUUGGUUUAUUACCUUUUUUAAAUGAAACAUGUUUAUAAUGACUAGUGAGCAGGACAAGAAAAACGAAACUUUACAUUACAAUUAAGUGCCACACAUGUUCAGUUUUACUUGUUGAUAAAUGUAAGUUAAACACUGAGUCAUUUUCUAAUCAGUGGCUAGUGCAAUGACAUCUCAGACGAAUGGUUGUUGGUUUCAAUAUUACUUUUCUUCAAAAUAUUUGUAAUUUUUCAUCUUCUUAAAUCAUAUAAUGAUUAAUUAAAGACACCCGCUGAUCAUCUUUCACUAAAAUAAGAUAUUAAGAUAUUUACUUCGUAUGAAUAAAAUCUUCCUCAAAUGUACUAUAUAAAUUAAGUUUGCUUAUAGAGCUACAUUCAUGAUUAACUGUCUGAUUGUUAAGUUACGCUUAAAAAUUAAAUUCAUCAACAUCAAAUCAUA